CGAUGAUUGCGCGCGACAUGGGCACGCGCGGCGCGUGAGGAGCUGCAGGAGAAGUGAGAGAGUGCACGAGGAACAGACUCAACCAUGGACCUCCACAGUGCUGGCUCCAUGGUUCUGCAGGCUCUGACCCAGGCCACAAGCCAGAACACGGCUGAGCUGAAGCCCGCUGAGGAGCAACUCCGACAGUGGGAGACACAACCCGGCUUCUAUUCUGUACUGCUGAGUAUCUUCAAUAACCACAUGCUGGAUGUGAAUGUGCGCUGGCUGGCUGUUCUUUAUUUCAAGAAUGGAAUCGAUCGAUACUGGAGGAGGGUCGCCCCACAUGCUUUAUCAGAGGAAGAGAAAUCAUCUCUCAGAGCUGGCCUCAUCACAAACUUUACCGAGCCAGUCAACCAGAUUGCGACACAGAUCGCAGUGCUGAUAGCGAAGGUGGCGCGUUUGGACUGUCCGAGGCAGUGGCCGGAGCUGAUCCCGGUUCUGCUGGAGAAGGUGAAGGUCCAGGAUGUUCUGCAGCAGCAUCGAGCGCUCCUCACCUUCUACCACGUCACCAAGACCCUCGCCUCUAAACGGCUUGCUGCAGACCGCCGACUGUUCCAGGACUUAGCCUCCAGUAUCUACAGCUUUGCCUGCUCACUGUGGAACCACCACACAGACACGUUCUUCCUGCAGAUUCAGACCGGAGACCAGCAGGAGGCGCUGAGCUCUCUGGAGCGCACACUGCUGUCCCUGAAAGUUUUGAGAAAGUUGACGGUUCAUGGAUUUGCGCAGCCGCAGGAGAACCUGGAGGCGAUGGGCUUUCUGAGUGCGGUGUUUGAAAGGCUGAAGCAGUUUUUGGAAUGCUGUCGCCAAGUCGGUCCUGGUCACGCCUGCCGAGAAAAACUUGAGAAGACCAUCAUUCUUUACACUAAAGUCCUGCUUGACUUCCUGGAGCAUCACCCGUACCCCUUCAUUCCCCUCAUUCAGCGCUCGCUGGAAUUCGCCGUCAGCUUCGUCUUCACUCCGGUGGGAGACGGGCUGCUGUUCGAGAGAUUUAUCGUUCAGUGCAUGAACCUCAUCAAAAUGAUCGUCAAAAACGACGCCUACAGACCUGACAAAAACAUUGAAGACAGUAAACCUGAGACUCUGGAGGCCCACAAGAUUAAGACCGCCUUCUUCACCCACCCGACACUGACCGAGAUCGCCAAGAGACUCGUCUCCAAGUACUUCCUGCUGACAGAGGAGGAGCUAAUAAUGUGGGAGGAGGACCCCGAAGGCUUUGCUGUUGAAGAGACUGGCGGUGAUUCGUGGAAGUACAGUCUGCGGCCGAGCACCGAGGUGCUCUUCCUCGAUAUCUUCCACAACUACAGCCAGACUCUGACGCCGGUGCUGCUGGAGAUGAUGCACAGCCUGCAAGGUCCCAGUAAUGUGGAUGAUACACUACAGUUGCUUAUGAAGGAUGCAGUUUAUAAUGCUGUGGGUUUAGCAGCGUAUGAGCUGUUCGACAGCGUGGAUUUCGACCAGUGGUUCAGUAGCCAGCUGCUGGGGGAACUACAGGUCAAUCACAACAGGUAUAAGCUGAUCCGGAGGAGGGCGAUUUGGCUGAUUGGUCAGUGGAUUGCAGUGAAGUUUAAGCCUGAAUUGCGCCCCCUUCUGUACGAGGUUAUACUGAACCUCCUGCAGGACCCUGACCUAGUGGUCCGGAUUGAGACAGCAACGACUCUGAAGCAGGCUGUGGACGAUUUUGAAUUCAGGACAGAACAGUUUCUACCGUAUUUGGAGUGUAUAUUUGGGCUGCUGUUCCAGCUGUUGCAGCAGGUUAAUGAGUGUGACAGUAAAAUGCAGGUUCUCCAUGUCCUCUCCUGCGUUAUAGAACGAGUCAGCAUACAGAUCCGGCCAUAUGUGGGCUGUCUGGUUCAGUAUCUCCCUCUCCUGUGGAAACAGUCGGAGGAACACAACAUGCUGCGCUGUGCCAUCCUCACCGCCCUUAUACACCUUGUACAGGGUCUGGGAGCUGAAAGUAGGAAUCUGUACCCGUUUCUGCUGCCGGUGAUUCAACUCAGCACUGACGUCUCUCAACCUCCACACGUCUACCUGCUGGAGGACGGCCUGGAGCUAUGGUUGGUGACGUUAGAAAACUGUCCUGCUAUAACACCCGAACUGCUCAGAAUCUUCCAGAACAUGUCAGCUCUGCUCGAGCUCAGCACGGAGAACGUCAAGACCUGUUUCCAGAUCGUAAACGCCUACACCUACCUCUCAGCCUCUGACUUCCUACAGAACUAUGGUGAAGGUCUCUGCAGAUCUUUCUGUGAAUUGCUGAAGGACAUCACAAACGAGGGACAAGUCCAAGUGCUGAAGGUGGUGGAGAUUGCGCUGAAAGUGAGCCCCCUGUUGGCCCCCCAUGUGUUCCAGCCCCUCCUCCCUGCUGUGUUUCGGGGGGUGUUGGAAGGAGAGCGGUAUCCUGUGGUGAUGUCAGUGUAUCUGGGUGUGAUUGGUCGGGUUCUCCUGCAGAACUCCAGCUUCUUCAGUGCUCUGCUCUCACAGAUGGCUAUAGAAAGUAACCAGGAGAUGGACCAGCUGUUGGGGAAUAUGAUUGAGAUGUGGGUGGACCGAAUGGACAACAUCACUCAGCCUGAGAGAAGGAAACUCUCCAGCCUGGCUCUGCUGUCCCUCUUACCAUCCGACAACAGCGUGAUUCAGGACAAGUUCUGCGGCAUCAUCAACAUCUGCGUGGAGGCUCUGCACGACGUCAUGACUGAAGACCCCGACUCUGGAACGUUUAAAGACUGUAUGUUGGUCAGCAGUCUGGAUGAGCCGAAGUUGUCUGAUGAUGAAGAGCCUCCGUCGGAACAGGACAAGAGGAGGAAGCUGUUGGCGCUGGAGGAUCCGGUCCACACCGUGUCUCUGCAGCAGUGUGUGUAUGAGAAGCUGAAGGCUCAGCAGCUGCUGAUGGGCGAUGCCGGGUUCCAGGCUCUGAUGGAAACGGUGGACACAGAGAUUGUCCGGCAGCUCCAGGAGUUUCUACAAGGACUGUAAACUACAAACACCAAAACUACACCGACUGAGCUUCCUUUAUUAUGAUGUUAUUGCUUUUUUUUUUUUUUUGCAUUUUUCCCCUUUUUGUACAUUUUCAUUGAUGCCCUCAAGCACACCAUUUGAUAGACUAGACUGGGCAAGAGGGAUUUAAUAAUAAAUUGUGAAAAUGAAAUUGUGUUACAGCACACAGAAGAAGGAAAAAACUGAUAUGAUCAGAAGUAUCUGAUUUAUAAAGAGCUGAGCGACCUAAACAGUGUUUACAUUUCAGCAGAUUUUUUUUUAAUUGAAACAGUGUUUCUUUUGAUUUACAGUGUAAAAGAACCCUCUUAUUCCUCCUAACCCCAUUUACCCCAUACUACCCCCAUUUUACCUUACCUUAUCGUCUCUUAUCCCAUCUUAAUCCCCCUCUUAUUCCUCCUAAACCCAUUUACCCCAGACUACCCCAUUUUACCUUACCUUACUGUCUCUUAUCCCGUCUUCACCCGCCUUUUAUUCCUCCUAACCCCAUUUACCCCAGACUACCCCAUUUUACCCCUUACCUUACCUAACUUACCUUUAUCUCAUACUCUACUAUUUUCUUACUCCACUCACAUCCUUACCCUGUCAUACCCCUUUCCCCCUCCUACCCCACAUAAACCCAUUUACCCCAGCCCCACCCCUCUUUGGUCCACCCAAAGCUUACCAUGUCUCACCCCAACUAACCCAUUUUACCCCACCUAGUCUCCUCUUACUCCACAACCUUACCCUGUCUUGCUCCAUCCCUGUUAUCUCACAUACAGUCUUUUACUCUAUUUCUACCUUACCCCUUUUACACCACCCCAUCCCUUUUAUCUCACUUACACUCUCUAUCUUUAUGGCUAUUCUACCCCACCAUACCCCCUUUUACUCCAACCCCAACCUUAUCCCCUCUUUAACACACCCCUUCUUACCCCCCUAACCACUUUUAUCCUACCUCUUCUCAGUCUACCUAAACCUUACCCUUUCACUCCACCUUACCUGCUCUUAUCUCACCCCUUUUAACAACAACCUUACACACUUUCACAACACCAAACCCCCAUCUUACCCCUCUCCACACCCUCUUACCCCACCCCAGCCUUUCCUUAUACCUUACCUUACCUUACGCAUGUGCUCUGUUGCGCUCAGAAGUGAGAAAAGCCAAAACUACUUAAAGCUACUAACCUUACUGUUAUGUUUGGGUCUUUUUUUCACAGUAGAUCUGAACACACACUCAUCAUACUCUGCAGUGAAGUGUAUUGAACAGUGUGUGUGCGUGUGUGUGUGCGCUUCACUCACAGCUGGAAACAUGCUGCUAUUCCCACUCAGGACCUGUGGUUCAAAUAUACGAUUCAGCAACCACACAGAGGUCUCACAGUAUCCUUUAUUUUACAGACACUUUUAGAAGUGUGGGUUGAUUUUUAUUUUUUUAUUUUUGAGAGAUCAGAGCAGUGGUGAGUAAUUAAUUAUCACUCUGAUUUGAGUUCUGAUUUUGAAUAAACGCCUUAUCCUAAACACCUUCCUUGCCUCACUGUAACUAAAGACUCAUUCACACUCACUCACAUGUUUAUUCCACUGUACAAACAUUCAUUUACACAUUAAUUCCAAUAAAGAUUCACAUAUUGA